AUGCCCGGAUCCACUGCUGCCCUCCGCCAAGAGAGGCUGAAGAAGACAAGCGCCAGGCCAACCCCGCCGGGCUUAUUCACCAUUAGCGAGGAGGACGAGCUGCAGAAGAACGGCAACCCCAAAAGGCCGAGAGUGAACAGGGAACUUAUUUUGUUAUUAACUAAAUUCUUUUUCUUCAUUAUUUUAGCAUCUGAAGGGUCUAAAACACAAGACAAGAAAGUCACUUCAGGACAAAGCACUAACAAUGCUGGAGCGAAACCAGAUCAUCCACCAAUACUAAAGGUUGAUGACAGGCAACGGCUUGCUAGGGAGCGGAGAGAAAAACGAGAAAAACAACUAGCUGCAAGAGAAUCCAUCUGGUUAGAAAGAGAAGAGAGGGCACGGCAACACUAUGAAAAGCACUUAGAAGAACGCAGAAAGAAACUCGAAGAGCAGAGAUUAAAAGAAGAGAGAAGGCGAGCUGCUGUAGAGGAAAAGAGAAGACAGAGGUUAGAAGAAGAUAAGGAACGACAUGAAGCUGUUGUACGUCGCACAAUUGAAAGAAGCCAGAAGCCAAAACAAAAGCAAAACAGGUGGUCCUGGGGAGGAGCGCUACAUAGCAGCAUUAAUAACACAGAUCCAGACAGGCGCUCUGUUUCAACAAUGAACCUUUCGAAACAUGUUGAUCCAGUCAUUAACAAGCGGCUCUCCUCCUCAUCUGCAACAUUACUAAAUUCUCCAGACAGAGCUCGCCGCCUGCAGCUCAGUCCCUGGGAGAGCAGCAUCGUGAGCCGCCUCCUGACGCCCACUCACUCCUUCCUGGCCCGGAGCAAAAGCACCGCCGCCCUGUCCGGAGAUGCAGCAUCUUGCAGCCCCAUCAGCCCUCUGUCCUACAAGGCCACGAGCUGUAGGAAUUCAGCAGAGCGAGCGAAACUUUUUGCCUCCACGCCUGAUGCUGUUGGCCGCAGGAGGACGGCGCAUCCUGCCGGGACUGACAAAAAAGAGAAGGAGAGAGACCAUUUGUCACCCAGCUUCUCAGCCACCUUUAAAGGAGGUCAUUUUUCUUCCAACCCCAAAGCUAGAUCACCAGCUCCCUCUCCAGUUUGGCACGCAUCCAAGUCUCUGCCUUUUUUGCCUGGCACACCCAGGCAGGUAACUUCCCCACCAGCUGCCUCCAAAGCUUCCUCGGCUCAGGCACGUCCUCCCUCUCCUGGCAAUAUCCGGCCAGUCAAAAAAGAGGUCAAACCAGAGAGUGCGAAUAAAGGACCUGAAAAGGAGGCUGAAAAGACCAGUGAGGAGAAGACAGAAGAGAGUAAAGAAACCUCAGCAGGCACUGGAGAAUCUGCAAGUCAGGAAGAGCCCGUCGUGCAGGCAGAGCUCCCUCAAGCAGCCACCCCAUCAUCACCUCCUGCUCCACCAGCUCUUUCUCCACCGCCCGUUCCCACGAAGGCCUCUGCAGGCACCACUGAUCCUGAAGAAGCAACCAGGCUGCUGACCGAAAAGAGGCGCCUGGCCAGGGAGCAGCGGGAACGGGAGGAGCAGGAAAGGAGGGAGAGAGAAGAGCUUGAAAGGCAAAAGAAGGAAGAAUUGUCCCAAAGGAUAGCUGAAGAAAGAGCCCGCCGCGAAGAGGAAGAAGCUCGCAGACAGGAAGCAGAAAGAAAGCGAAGGGAGGCAGAGGAGGAGCGGGAAAAGGUAGAGCGGCUGCGCCGACAGGCACAAGAGAGAGAGCAGAAGGAGAGAGAAGAGAUGGAGCGUGUUCAGAAACAGAAAGAAGAGGAAGCUCGCCUACGGGAAGAGGCAGAGCGGAUUCGAUUAGAACGUGAGAAACAUUUUCAGAAAGAAGAGCAAGAGCGCUUAGAAAGGAAAAAGAGGCUUGAGGAGAUCAUGAAGAGAACUAGGCGUGUAGAAGCUGUAGAUAAGAAAUCUAAUGACCAGCAAAAUGGACAUAUAUCAAAGGCAAAUAUUACCGGAGAAACAGUCGUAACAAGUCCCGCAUCUCCCCUGGAAGCCCCGGUGGGACUUCAGCCCGCGGCGCCGUCUCCGCACAACGGGAGACCCGUAGCCUGCGCGCACGUAAUGGGGUCACAUCCAGCCCCCAUCAGUAUGGACAGCAAUCUCAAUCCAGAGAAAAAUACAAAUGAAAACGGAAUGUCUAUGCAGAAUGACAACUUUGAAGAGAUCAUAAACCUACCAAUUGGAUCUAAACCAUCCCGUCUGGAUGCCAUGAACAAUGAUGGAAGCAAUAGUCCUGAAAUUCCUUUGAAUCCCAUUUUAGCCUUUGAAGAUAAGGGGACUCUGUUGCCUCAGGUAGAUAGCGUUCAAACACAUCAAACAGCAGAAGUGAUCUGAUUGUGUCUUCUGAAGAACCAAAGGUGAUAAGAGCAUCUCUGCAAUUGGUGGAGUUUCUUCCAUGCUAUGAAGGAGUGUUUUGUUUUUUUUCUCUCCAGUUUUUUAAAGAUUUCUUGGAUAUCUUUUUUGGAAGGACUUUAGUAAAACCAGCAGAAGAAAUAAUGGGAAUAGAUUUGGAUCACCUUUAUAAUAGUUUUCAUCACUAGAAAAAUCAUGCUUCACGUGCAUUACUUAAAAUGGCUUUUUCCAACAAGCUUUUUCUGUUAGUAAAUGGAUAUUUUCUGCAUUCCUUAAGACACAAGACACUGGAAUCUGAAAGCAAUGAUGAUUGGGGUGGUGGGACUGAUUUUUUUUUAAGAGGUGUUGGUUUAAAAGGCAUAAUUGUAAAAUUGGCAAAGAAUCUUUUUCACUUUAUGGCUCUAAUACUUGAAAAAGAAAUACCUCAUCGCUCUACAAGUAGAGUUAAUGGGGUGUUUUAUUUAAACCUGUUGGUUUAAAUAUUAUUGCAGAGAACUCUAAUUAUGGGGGCAAAGUAUAGGCUUCUGUAUCAGGUUCUGUUGUAAAUGUAAUUCCUACAGGGACAUUCUGUAAAUUGAGAUGUCACUAUGAUCUUGCAUUUUCUCUAAAAACGCAAAACAAGGCAGGUUUUAAAAUGUGAAAAUUUGAAAGUGAUAUUUUUUCAUGGACAUGAGGAAAACCUAUUGUUCUCCUAGAUGAUGUAUUUAUGAAUUUUGCUCAGUACAAAAAUCAUUUAAAUGAAUAAAUUAGAAAAAUGUGGUAAAAUCAUACUGCAAAUUUGAUUUUUUUU